AUGAUCUCCUCCUCCUCUGUCUCCUCCUCGUCACCAAAAUCGAUGAUCAACACCCCGCGCUGUUGCUCGCGCGUUGUUGUUGCCGCAAAGAAGGGUUGCGAAAAGAUGUGUAAUCCACGGACGAAUUUGAAUUCAUCAUCAUCGUCGUCGUCUCUGAUGAGAAUCAGAAGGAGUGUCGUCGCGCUCGCGUCGUCGGAAACCAACACCGAUCUGCUCUUAUCCUGGAACGAAAACAACAUCUCCUCGAACGAGGAAUUAAACAACGCCGCAAUCACCGAGCGACGAACGCGAACCGCCGAGGACUCGAGGAGGAUGAAGAUGAAAAAAGAGAUCAAAACGUUCCGAGAGCGGUUGAAAAAAGCGAACAAAACGGAAACGGAACGCAGGAGGAAAGAAGACGCGAUCGAACUCGAGAUGCAAGAAGAUGAGACGAAAAAACGUAACAAGGAAGACGCGAGACGCGAAGCCGCGGAUCGAGCGUUGGCGGGUGUGUUUGAAAAGGAGAGGAAACGCUUGGAAAAAAUCGAGCGCGAGCAGCGCGAGGAGGAGGAGGAGAUGUUGGGUUUUUUGAGAGAGAGGAUCGAACGGUUGGAGAAGAACGACGAGGAUAUCGCGGCGUACGCGAAGGAUGCGUUGGUGGUGGCGAGGCAAGCGGUGAAGGAUUUGGAGAGCGAGUUGGAGACGCAGAAAUCGGCAGUAAUGAAGAGGAGGAAGCAAUGCGCCAAGGAGGCGAGGAAACGCGUGAAAGAGAUGCAACGAAAUCGCGAGGCGGAAGAGAAUCGCGUCAAUAAAGCGUUGAAAGGAGGAAAAGGUGCUAACGACGAGGAUAACCAGGAGUUGGAGAAGAAACGGUUCGAGUACAAGUUGAGAAUGGAUACGGAGCAGCACGAAAAGAUGUUGAUGGACGAGGCGCGAUUGCAGUUGAUCGAAGACGCGGACAUUAAACGCGUCGAGGUUACUCUAAACGAAGCGUUAGUCGCGGUGGAGAAAGUCAAAGACGAGGAAGGCGAAAGAAGAGACUUUGUUCAGAAAGAAUUAUCGGUCUUUUUGGAUGAUUUUGCGAUUAAAGAUUACGAGGUGCAAUCGAGACGAGAGAACUUUGACGCCACGUUAUCGAGUGAGUGCGAAGCGGUGUCGAUUAUCGCGAAGAAAGAGGAAGUGCAAAUACGCACAGAGGAAGAAGCGAGGCGCGUAGAAUUCACGAAGUCGCUGAGAAGCCAACGGAAGAACGAGGAGGAACGAAGAGUGAAGUGGGACCGAGACCAUUUCGCGGACGUGCAAAAGUUGGAAGAGAUGAAAUCGAACGAAGCGAGCACGAGACGAAGUGAAAACACUCGAAGAUCAGCGUUUGCGACAUCGUUCGCGCAGAAAGAUGCAAAUGCGGCGGCUAUAUUUCUCGCGUUAUAUUUAGAGUCCUUAGAGAAGAGCGAUUUGAGCAGAGAGGAGGAUAUGGCGGACGUGAUGGAGGCGGACGGGGCGUUGUACGUCGCGGCGGAAAACCUUCGCAAGAGACGCGAGAGCGAAGAGUACAAGAGAGACUUUGAAACGCGCAAAGCGGUAGAAAAGAGCGAAUAUUUUGCGGAGUUGGAGAGAGUGAAGAAAGUACAGGAGGUCAAGGCGCUGGAGGCGAGAGAAAAAGCGAAGGAACGUGAAAAACUUCGCGAUGAACGCAUCGCGGCGGCGAAAGCGCAGAGAGCACAAUUUCUCGAGAUGAGCAAAAAGAGAGCGGAGGAGCAGAAAGAGAAAAUGCGCGUCUUGUCCGAGUUGAGAGAAAAACGACGAGCGGAAGCCGAGGAAAAACGUUUGAAAGAAUUGGAGGACGAACGCGUGCGAAUGGAGAAGAGAAUGCAAGAAGAACGAGAGGCGGUGAACGGCAAGAAAGAAGCCGCUGCCGCUGCCGCUGCCGCUGCUACCGCUCCCAAACCAAUCGCGACGACAACUGCUUCCGCGGCCGUUACUUCGAAGAAAGAGGAAACGGCGGUGAAUAAAUCUACGAGUGGUUUCGUCGCGGCGAAUCCCUCGGCUCCUAUUCGCGCCUCUGGAUCCAUCGCCAAGAUGAAAACGGAUGCUCUUUGGAACGAAAACUAUAAAAAGUUUCUCAAGUUUGUCGAUCAAUCGUCAUCAUCAUCAUCAUCAUCAUCAUCAUCAUCGACGAUGACUAUACCGAAACAAGAAGAAGAAGUCGAACGACCGAAGAAGAAAGAAGAAAAAGUAGUAGCAGAAAAGAAACCGGUCGUGGCCGCCGCCGCCGCCGCGAAAGAGGUACCGCAAUCCAUCCUCGAUUCUCGAGAUGCGGUUGCAAUCGCACAACAUCUCGUCGACAGCAAAUACGAUGCAAAAACAGUCGCCAACGCGGUUUCCACUUUAUACACCAACGGUGGUCGCCGCGGUCCGGACCUCGCGGAGGAGAUCUUCAUGACUUUGCCUAAAUCCAUCUCCGGCGCCGCUCUAGUCAACAUCCAAGACAACGCCGUCGCGUGCAAACUUCUCGAAAAUUGCGAGCCGGGACGACAAACGGUCGAAUUGAGCGAGCCGUCCACUUCUGAGCCUUCUUCAGAACCGAGGAAACAGUUCUUCCUCGCGUACUCUUCGCGAAAAGCUAUGUACGCCGGCGUCGAAAUCCUCGAAGUCGCCACUUCCGUGAACGAAUCUCGCGCGGUGGAAAUCUACAGCAACAUCUCUCGCGUUCCGCGCGCCUCCAUCGUCAAAAGAGCCGUCUUGCAGCAAGGCUCCCGUCCAGGCACGGAAUCCAAAAACCCGGAGUCUAAACCACCAUCCAAAAUUAUCUGGAUCGCGAAACUCUUGGCCAAAAUAUCCCCGCCGUCCACCGCCGUGCAAACCUUGGAAACCUUUCGAGGAGGUAAAAGAAAGGGUGACGAGAAGAUGAACGCGUACGUCAAAGACAUCGUUCAAAUCAUACGCAAGAACGAAGGCGGCGACAUCGAAGGCGCGCAGGCGUUCGCGAAGAUUUUAGAGAGUCGGCUGUUGUUAUGA